CUGUUAUACAUGAAUCACUGAACUUAUUAAACUUCUAUUAGUGUCUCUUGCACCAUGCAAAAAUUUGCUUUGAAUACAACCAUGAAUAGGAAAAAAUAUGUGAAUGUUAAGGAUUCUCAAAAGUGGGGAAUUAGAUGAUGAGUAGAAAAAGUGGAGACACAAGGGGUUAAAACAUUGAUGGAAGAAAACCUAGUUAGCGUCAUUUGCUAUGCUCUAGUUAUUAACUCCUCUACUAUAUUGCAACACCUCAUGGCACAGAGAAAAUUAUGUUUCCAGGUCCCCAAAAAAGUUUUCAUAAAAUGGAAUCAGUCACUAUAUUUUAUGGGCCUGGUUCAAUUCCCUUCUCUUCUAGGACUUGUGUUUUGAAUGUCUCCACUCUUUCAGGUGAAGCUGAUCAGGGAAAACAUGGAGACCCACAAUGAGACACUAAGCACAGACUUCAUUCUCCUGAGCCGGUUUCCUGGAAUGAGAUAUGUCAGUGCCCUUGUCUCCAUGAUCCUUUUGAUCUACACCAUUGCCAUCACAGGAAAUGCCACCCUGAUCCUCCUCAUCUGGGUAUAUCCCCACCUCCACACCUCCAUGUACUUUCUGCUUAGCCACCUCUCCCUCAUUGACCUGGCUUUCAUCUCCAGCACCGUCCCCAAAAUGGCAGUCAACUUUUUCUCAGGCAAGAGGAAAUUCUCCCUGGUUGGCUGCAGAACCCAGAUCUUCUUCACCUUGUCCCUGGGAAUUGCUGAGUGCCUCCUUCUCACCCUCAUGGCUUUUGACCACGAUGUGGCCAUCUGUCACCCUCUGAAAUACCCAACCAUCUUAAGCUACCAGUUCUCCCUGAAGAUGGUCCUUGGGUCUUUGGUGGGAGGGGCUUUGGCAUCCUUAGUCCACACAGCCUGCACCAUGCACUUCCCUCCCUGUGGCCCCUGGGUGCUCUACCACUUCUGUGAGGUCAAGACCAUCUUGAAGCUAUCUUGUGAAGACAUCUCUGCCUAUGUUAAAAGGGUAGUGGUGACUGGUGUUAUUGUGGUUUUUGUCCCCAUAAGCCUCAUUCUGACCUCCUACACUCAUGUUCUGCAAAUGAGCUCUCCUGAAGGGAGAAACAAAGCUCUGGCCACCUGUUCCUCCCAUUUGACAGUGGUCACCUUCCAUUAUGGUCCAGCCAUGUUAGUAUACAUGAGGCAUGGAUCUUCUGACAUGACAAUCCUGAACCAGGCACUGUUUCUCUUUGACACCAUCCUCACCCCCAUGCUGAACUCACUCAUCUACAGCCUGAGGAACAAGGAGGUGUUGGGCAUCCUGAGGAAGGUGCUGGGGAGGUGCUCCAUUUUAAAGGAGGUCACUCUGUUUCACUGAGUGGACAUGAAGUUCCACAGUUAAAGUAUCACUGGGAGACUGCAGGGUCUGAGGAAAUCAACUGAGGCCCUCUGUCCCUGUUUUCCCAUCUGUAAAUGUUGAACAACACCCUGCCUCCUGACAAUGCCAGUUUUAAAUAACUGCAUCCAUGAACACUAAAUCACAACUGAUUAUCAGUGUGGAAAUAAGUGUCUGCCUAAUCCCCAGAGCUCACUUCAUGUGUGUCUCCUGCAAUGGAAAUAAUCAGGUCUCCCCUCUUUUAGAUGUAGCAAGAAAAUGUAUCAAAAAGAAUGGUUUGGAAGAAA